AUGAUCAGUCCCUCCAACGGCCGUUUGCAGGAUCUUGUGAAAAAUCACCUGAUGUAUGCGGUGCGGGAGGAGGUGGAGGUCCUGAAAGAGCAAAUCAAGGAACUGCUGGAGAAGAACUCCCAGCUGGAGCGUGAAAACAGCCUCCUGAAGACCCUGGCCAGCCCUGAGCAGCUGGAGAAGUUCCAGUCCCAGCUCCCCACCGAGGUCCUGUGCCCUGAGGAGCAGAACCCUGGGGCAGCUGCCCCAGCUCAGCACUCAGGGGGCUCUGCGGUGUAA